AUGGCUUCUCUUUUACAUAACAGCAAAUUACCCUCUGAUCCGGAUCUAACAGGAAAUCUAAAUACUUAUCUAGAAGCUCUGAUUGUGGCACAUGCGAUACGCUUUGAUACAACAUCAACUGAACUUAAGCUUAAGCUUGCACCAAACAAAUGCUUCGGACCAGCCGGUGCACAACAAAUCGCUAACGCUUUGCACAACAAUACAACACUCAAAAUAUUGAACAUAGAUGCUGAUAAACUUGGACGAGUGGGAAUUAAAUAUUUGAUGAAUGAGUUAAAAAACAACACAACAUUAGAAUUAUUACGUUUGGGCGACAAGUCAUUCAAGCCUUCCUUGUGUGUUGAUUUAGUUUAUAGAAUACAAACUAAUCAAACACUAACAACACUGGAAGUAAUAAAUCAAACAAUUGUUGAAGAUGGACUUAUAUAUCUUUGCCAUGCUGUAUCAUAUCAUCCAACAAUUACUUCAUUAACUUUAAUAAACAAUGGUAUUAAAUCUGAAUUGACAAUUUAUUUGGCUAAUAUGUUGCGAAGAAACUCAGUACUAACGAAACUAUGUUACCAGAAGAAUAUCAUAGGUGAUGAUGGCAUAGAAGAUCUUGCUUCAGCACUAGUAAAUAAUUUGACAUUAAAAACACUGAUUCUUGGUACGAACAAAAUUAGUAAUAAUGGUUUCAAGGAUUUUAUUGACGCUCUAAAAUCGAAUACGACAUUAACUGUAGUAUAUCCAUAA